UCUUUUGAGCUGGUGCCUGGUUCCCCUUGGACAUACUUUUCUUUGCCUGUUUUCCUCUGCUUUCUUUUGUGCUGGUGCCAUGCUAGCCAGGAAUGGUUUCCGUAUGCCAACUUUUGGAAACCCCAGGAGUUUAUGGGCCUCAUUUUGGUCUGAAGAUGCUAAGCUGUCUGGAUCCAAAGGGGUCCACACAAUACCUGGAGAUGUGUACCCUUCUCCUCUUAAAGGGAAGCUGGCAAGACCCUUCAGUGAAUUACCAGGCAACUGGAGAGCCAGUUGGUUUAGCCUUUAUAACUUCUGGCAGGAAGGUGGUUUCCAUAAUGUCCACAACAUCAUGAUGCGGAAAUUCCAGACCUUUGGGCCGAUUUACAGGGAGAAACUCGGUGUCUAUGACAGCGUCAACAUCAUUGACCCAGAAGAUGCAGCGACCCUCUUUAAAUCUGAAGGCAGGUACCCGGAGAGGUUUAUGGUACCAUCCUGGCUAGCCUACCGCGACUUCCGUAGCAAGCCGUAUGGAGUGCUUCUCAAGAAUGGAGAGUCCUGGAGGCAUGACCGCCUGACACUGAACAAGGAAGCACUGUCCCUCAACGUGAUUGACAGGUUUGUGCCGCUCCUGAAUGAGGUGGGAGAAGAUUUUGUCAAGAGAGUACAAAUGCAGAUCAAAAAGAGUAACCAGGGAAGAUGGACGGCUGACCUGACCAAUGAGCUCUUUCGUUUUGCCCUUGAGUCAAUAUGCAAUGUCCUUUAUGGCACACGCCUUGGACUCCUGCAGGACGUAAUUGAUCCUGAGGCCCAACGGUUCAUUGAUGCUGUUGCACUGAUGUUCCACACUACCUCCCCGAUGCUGUAUAUUCCACCAAGACUCCUGCGCUGGAUGAAUUCCAAGACCUGGACGGACCAUGUGCAAUCAUGGGACACCAUUUUCAUGCAAGCUGACAAAUGUAUACAGAACAUCUACCGAGACCUCCGUCUAAACCGGAAAAGUACCAGAGAAUACACAGGCAUUUUGUCUAGCCUCUUACUGCAGGACAAGUUGCCUAUUGAGGACAUCAAAGCUAGUGUGACUGAGAUGAUGGCAGGAGGGGUGGACACGACCUCAAUGACCCUGCAGUGGGCCAUGUUUGAAUUGGCCCGAGCUCCGGCAUUGCAGGAACAGCUGCGGGCUGAGAUCUUCACUGCCAAAGAGGCGACCCAGGGAGAUCUGCUGAAGAUGUUGAAAUCGGUGCCGUUGCUCAAAGCUACCAUCAAGGAAACACUAAGGCUCCAUCCUGUCGCAGUAACAAUACAGAGGUACACAAUGCAAGAGAUUAUCCUUCAGAAUUACUUCAUCCCUGCCAAGACAUUGGUCCAGGUAGGAAUCUAUGCAAUGGGUAGGAAUCCCAAAUUCUUCACCAAGCCCGAGCAGUUCAACCCAGAAAGGUGGCUGACUGAUGAUCCCAGACACUUCCGAAAUCUGGGCUUUGGCUUUGGACCACGGCAGUGCCUUGGCCGCAGGAUCGCUGAGCUGGAGAUGGCAUUGUUCCUGAUCCAUAUACUUGAAAAUUUCCGGAUUGAAACCAAGCGCGGGGUGGACAUUGGGACCACUUUUGACCUGAUCUUGAUUCCAGACAAGCCAAUCUACCUGACUCUGCGGCCCCUCGACUCUUAUCCUUGAGCAAGAAGGAAUUUCCCAGCAGCCGUUGCAACAAGGCACAUGGACCCUUUCGGAGGCAUUCUGAGCCACCCAAUCAGCCCACAAAUAGUGCUACCAAAACGUAGCCCUGGGGUCCGAGUAGCAGCUUGCCACUAAGUGUACAACCCAAGACACCAGCAUGGAGAUAAGCCAUUUGGGCAGGACUCCUCAGCUCUCAGCCAGGUUGCUCUUAGCAUAUCUCUGCAAUACAAAUAGACAAGGGCAAGGAAAAAGAAGACGACGGCCACUCCAUAGCAGUUUUCUCUCUAACAGGGAUUCCCAGAUGCUGUUGGCUACAACUCCCAGAAUCCCCAGAUGCAAUGGCUUUUGCUUGGGGAUUCUGGGAGAUGUAGUCAACAACAUCUGGGAAUCCCUGUUAGAGGGAACACUGCUCACCAGGUCUUCCUGUAAUUUCAGUGCCCCACUAGAUUUGACCGUGGCAGACUGAGUGUGCCCCAAUCAUGUAGAGAGCUGGGUAGGGCAGCCAUACUUUUUGAGCAAAAGGGACACCCACAAUGGACCCCUUUUGCUCUAAAAGUAUAGAUUCCCUACCCAGAACAGGCACCGAUGCGGUGACAUCAGUAUUCUGCGUCACAGCCCGCAACGGGAGGCAGGAUGGGCAGCCGAGCUGCAUGUGAGUAGGUGACACAAGUGGCAGGGAUCAUGGCCGUGGCAGAGCAUGGCCUGCAGGCAUCAACGGCCCAUAUGCCACUGCCCCUGCACCCCCUAUUGCUACUCUGAAUGUUUGUAUGGCCCACAAAAGGGAAAAGGAAAGAUUGUGCCGUCGAGUCGGUGUCGAGUCGGCGCCGACUCCACAGAGCCGUGUGGUAGAAUACAGGAGGGGUUUACCACUGCCUCCUCCCGCACAGUAUGAGAUGGUGGCCCACAAACAUAGUCCCAAAUCCAAGUCAGAUGAAAACAUACAGUGAGCAUGGUUUAUUAUAUUGCAGGUUUUACUACAGCCUUAGAAGAGAUUUUCUAUCUCCACUUUUGUGUGGUUUCCCCCAGGGCAUUCCGAUCAGUUUUCUGUUUCCUGGCGCCUUUCAGACAGACACUGAGCAUCACUCACAACGUUUCAGUGUUUUGUGUUGCUGUGUGUAAAGUCCGUUAAAAGCCAACUGUGGGUGCUUGUAGUUUGUGUGUGUGCACAGUAUUAGUUGUCGGUGUAAUGAUAUUGGCCUAUGGCCAUAAGAAAAGGUUUUAUUUGAUAACACUUAGGCCUGGUUUACAUAUCAUGGUGGCACCGCAGGCUUGGCAGUACUGAACAGGGGUGGAACUGUAACUGGGAAAAGAGGCUCUGUGUGCGCUGUGCUCUGCAUCCAGGAGCCACCGAGCUCCCCCUCCCUUUGGCCGGGGCUUCUGCUGCCGCUUGCAGCUGCUGCCACCAACCACCUCCUUCGGCCACUUGCCCAGUUCUGCCCAACCUCCUUCCAUUGGCCAGGCUCCUGCCCAAUGAGAGGAGGGUGCGCACACACUCCUGAUGGGCCACGUGCACACUCUUGUUCUAUUGGCUGAGAGCUCUCCUGUUUAGCUUGGGAGGCCUCAUUGACACGCUGGCUUAAACUCUGUUUGGACCCUCAGGGACCUUCCUAUGUUCAUUAUAGGUGGAGAGACACCUCCCCUACCCCAUGGUUGUCUGUUGUCACCAAUAAAAUGCUGGGCAUGGGGCUUUCUCCCUCUUACAUUCCCCCCCCCCCGGGAUUUGCAAAGGUGAAGGCUAUUGUCAUUCAGCACCUAAAGGACGUUGAGUACCAAUGCCUAGUUGACCUUGGAAAUACAGUAAAUGUUGUUCCCCUUUAUACCUUGGCAUUUCUCUUCCAGCUGGGAAACAGGCUGCUAGAUUCUCUUCCAGCUGGGAAACAGGCUGCUAGAUAUCUAACCACCCUUCACUUUGUUAAAUUUAGGUCAGCCUUUGCUAGGGCUAGGCUGAAUGUCCUACCUUCAGCUUUGCUUCAAAGAAGGUUCUCUAAAGAACCCCGUUUCGGGGUUGUGUCCAUGUAGGGAGGGCAGCUUGGAAACACUCACACAUAUUCUUCUAUAAUGCUCCCUCUGCCGCGAUUCUAGGAGUGAAUUAUUGUAUCCAUUACUAGAGCAAUUCCCUGGUAGGCCUGAUUAUCUUAACUACUGUUUGGCUGAUACUAAUGAUGAAGUCACCAAAGUGGUAGGUCACCAAAGUGGUAAGUCACCAAAUUUAUAUGUAGGGCGAUGAGACAGAUAUCCCGUCAUGGUCUUUUAUAGUUUGAUUUUAUGGUAAUUUUAGGGUUUUUUUCUGUGUACGUAUUGCUAUAUUUACUCUAUUUAUUGUAAUUCUGAACGGCUGUGUUAUUGUCACUUCUGUUUCUGUUUGGCCUAUGGCUGCAAUAAAAGAACUACUACUA